AUGAAUUCACCAGCAAAUGAGGUUGUGCCGCAUACUUCUCUGCCGAUUACUAUGCCGGUAGAGACUACUGUUAUGGAUGAUGUUGUUGAUGACAUUGUGAAAGAUUCCGCUGAUGAUAUCGGGAACAAUUUGGCUGAUGAUGUUGUGGUGCCUACUUGUGAAGGAGAAACUAAUGAGGUCAAUGAGCAGGACGCAACUGAUAUACCUAUGGAAGAGAUCCUUGGACAAGAUCGUCGUUCUAAGAAAGCAUUUGUUCGUCUCCGCGACUAUGUUGUUGACACAAUCUCUGGUACAGCUCCUUCCUCUUCUCUCGUCUCUACUUCACCCACUCCUCAGCCAUCCUCAGGUACGGUCUAUCCCAUUGUCAAUUUUGUAUCUUGCAUUCGGUUUUCUCCUAACCAUCGCAGAUUUUUAAUGGCUUUGACUGUUAGUAUGGAACCUCGUUCCUUCUUUGAGGCAAUGAAAGAUGAAAGAUGGGGAAAAGUUGUUGAUGUGGAACUCGAUUCUCUUAUUUCUUUGAAUACAUGGAGACUUGAACAUUUACCUCCGGGAAAGCUCUCGGCAGUCAUUGGGUUUUCACGAUUAAAUAUCAGUCUGACGGUACCAUUGAACGUUAUAAAGCGAGGCUUGUAG